AUGCUGUGCUUGUUCCCUUUGCUGCAGAUCACCUUCUACGAGGAGAAGAACUUCCAGGGGCGCUCUUAUGAGUGCAUGAGCGACUGUUCCGACAUGUCCUCCUACAUCAGCCGUUGCCAAUCCUGCAGGGUGGAGAGCGGCUGCUUCAUGGUGUACGAGCGUCCCAACUUCAUGGGCAACCAGUUCUUCAUGAAGAGGGGCGAGUACACUGACAUGCAGCGCAUGCAGAGCAUGGGCAUGAUGUUCGACAACAUCAGGUCCUGCCGUAUGAUCCCUCAUCAUAGAGGACAGUUCAGAAUGAAGAUCUACGAGAGGGAGAGCUACGCUGGUCAGAGUAUGGAGCUGAUGGAUGACUGUGACUCCAUCAUGGAUCGCUACCGCAUGUCUGACUGCCAGUCCUGCAAUGUUAUGGAUGGCCACUGGCUCAUGUAUGAGCAGCCCCACUUCAGAGGCAGAAUGAUGUACAUGAGGCCUGGAGAGUACAGAAGCUUCAGGGACCAGGGCUUCAGCAACACCAGAUUCAUGAGCAUGAGGCGCAUCACUGACAUGUGUUAGUUUCUGUUUCAAACAACUAAUUUGUACAAAACAGCCACAAUAAACUAAAAACAUUCAUG